UGUGUGUCUGUAGGUCAGUCAUGCAGUCCUGCAGUUCUGCUUUCUGUGUCCUGAUCUUACUGACCAUCACAGUCACUGUUGCAGACGAUUCACCUUUUCCUCCAGUGAAGAUGAAUCGUCAUGACUCUGCUACUCUGCCCUGCUCUGAGAGAUGCUCUGGUUUGGUCAGAUGGUCUGUAUCUCAUAAACCCACUGAUGUUCUGGCUGAGUGUGAUCAGACUGAAUGUAGAUCAAAGGAGGGAUAUCAGAUGAUCCAUGAUCAGUACCUGAAGGGGAAUCUCUCUCUCACCAUCACUGAUGCUGAUUUCAGUAAGAGAGGCUGGUACACGUGUGAGUGUGAUGGUAAAGAUCUCCGUGAUGUGCGCCUUCAGAUUGAGCCCUUGAAAACUCCAAUUCAGGUAAAACCCAGUGAGUCUCUGGUCCUGGAUUUACACAUAACAGAUCCAGUGAAGGUGAUUUAUAACACCACAGAUUCAGCUGGACCAUCCAGUGGUCAGAUCUGUACAGUGGAUGGACACUCAACACAGUGUAAACCUGAAUAUAAACACAGAGUAUCACUAACAGCUGCACUUACACUGAGAGGAAUGACUCCAUCUGACAGUGGAGUUUAUACAGUAAUGGACACCAGGAAUGAAGAGGUCAUUCACAUCUACACAGUGACCAUCCAAGAUCACUCAUCAGAUCUGGACAGAGAUAGAGGACCUGCUGCACCAGUGUGGGUGAUUAUAGUGCUGGCUGUGAUGGGGACUGGGUUUCUAACUGUGACUGUGGUAUUAGUGGUAUUAGUGAUGGUGAAUGUGAGGCUGAAGGGAGAAAAUCAUCAGCUCCGCAUGAAGGACACAAAGAACAGAGUGGAAACUAAUGAACGCAGUGAUUCCACUGAGGAGGAGAAACUAAACGUUAACCCAGAAGUGGAGAGAUCAUUACCACCCAAACACAGGAUGUGUACAUGGCAGUAGUUAUUCUCACGUAUCAUUGGCUGUGCAAAGAAUGCGAUUGAAUACAUUCCGAUUACUGAUUAAGACUGAGGUGUUUAUAUGCUCACUCUAUUCAACAAUUUGAUGGAAAGUCUUCUUUUACGUGCUCGCUACAAGUAAUCCAAUGCAAAAUGACGCGCAUGCGUGGAGAACCACUUAGACAGCGAACAUCACGUGAGGUGCAGUCAGAGUGAGAUGAGCAGCAGUGAGCAGUGCUUGUGUUUUUAAUUCCUUUAAAAUGAUGUCAGACUAUCCAAAAAUUUUGCACAUCAACUUAUUCAUUUCAAGUUUAUUCAUAGAGCAUACCUGACACCGUAUAGAAGAUUUAAAAUGUACGUAUUUUGGAUUUCCUGCAAGGUAUAUGUUGAAUAUGGACACUUUGUUCCUUAUUUAAUUUUGUGAUGUUGUACCUAUGUUCAUUUUUGC